AUGGGGCAUAACGGGAGCUGGAGCUCCCGAAACGCCAGCGAGCCGCGCGACGGGUCGGGCGCAGAGGCGGAGGGCGCGAACCGCAGCGCGCUGGGGGAGCUCGGCGAGGCGCAGCUGUACCGCCAGUUCACCACCACCGUGCAGGUUGUCAUCUUCAUAGGCUCGCUGCUCGGAAACUUCAUGGUGUUAUGGUCAACUUGCCGCACAACUGUGUUCAAAUCUGUCACCAACAGAUUCAUUAAAAACCUGGCCUGCUCGGGAAUUUGUGCCAGUCUGGUCUGCGUGCCCUUCGACAUCAUCCUCAGCACCAGUCCUCACUGCUGCUGGUGGAUCUACACCAUGUUCUUCUGCAAGGUCGUCAAAUUUUUGCACAAAGUCUUCUGCUCUGUGACUAUCCUCAGCUUCCCUGCCAUUGCUUUGGACAGGUACUACUCAGUCCUCUAUCCACUGGAGAGAAAAAUAUCUGAUGCCAAGUCCCGUGAACUGGUGAUGUACAUCUGGGCCCAUGCAGUGCUGGCCAGUGUCCCUGUGUUUGCAGUGACCAAUGUGACUGACAUCUAUGCCAUGUCCACCUGCACGGAAGUCUGGAGCAACUCCUUGGGCCACCUGGUGUACGUUCUUGUCUAUAACAUCACCACAGUCAUCGUGCCUGUGGCUGUGGUGUUCUUCUUCUUGAUACUGAUCCGACGGGCCCUGAGUGCCAGCCAGAAGAAGAAGGUUGUUAUAGCAGCACUCCGGACCCCACAGAACACCAUCUCUAUCCCCUAUGCCUCCCAGCGGGAGGCCGAGCUGCAUGCUACCCUGCUCUCCAUGGUGAUGGUCUUCAUCUUGUGUAGCGUGCCCUAUGCCACCCUGGUUGUCUACCAGACUGUGCUCAAUGUCCCUGACACUUCUGUCUUCUUGCUGCUCACUGCCAUUUGGCUUCCCAAAGUCUCUCUGCUGGCGAACCCUGUCCUCUUUCUUACUGUGAACAAAUCUGUCCGCAAGUGCUUGAUAGGGACCGUGGUGCAGCUGCAUCACCGGUACAGUCGCCGUAAUGUGGUUAGUAUAGGGAGUGGGAUGGCUGACACCAGCCUGGAACCCAGCAUGCGCUCUGGCAGCCAGCUCCUAGAGAUGUUCCACAUUGGGCAGCAGCAGAUCUUUAAGCCCACAGAGGAUGAGGAAGAGAGUGAAGCCAAGUACAUUGGCUCAGUUGACUUCCAGGCCAAGGAGAUACUUCCCACCUGCCUGGAGGGAGAGCAGGGGCCACAGUUUGUGCCCCCUGCACCACCCCUGGGCACAGUGGACUCUAUAUCCCAGGUGGCACCAGCAGCCCCUGUGGAACCUGAGACAUUCCCUGACAAAUAUUCCCUGCAAUUUGGCUUUGGGCCUUUCGAGUUGCCUCCUCAGUGGCUCUCGGAGACCCGUAACAGCAAGAAGAGGCUGCUUCCCCCGUUGGGUAACACCCCAGAAGAGCUAAUCCAGACAAAGAUGCCCAGGGUAGGCAGGGUGGAGCGGAAGAUGAGCAGAAACAAUAAAGUGAGCAUUUUUCCAAAGGUGGAUUCCUAG